AAAGAUUUGGAUGAGUUCUAUUCAAAACACAUUAUGUCAAAAGCCGAUUGGGAACAGAAACAUUUCGGCAAUAAGGCUGCGGUGGAUAUUAAUGGCAUUACCAUUGCAGAACAUGAUUUUGUAAAAAGCAUGAAACUGAAUGGAUGGAUAAGUAACUUCAUUGUGGACGUGCAAUGCUCCAUAUGGAGGGAGGAGGAAGAAUGGAAAGACAAAAUAAUCCUUAGUCAAUCUGCUGUGGUAAGUAUCAAUUUAAGCACAUGUAAUGUCUAUACAUGUUUUAUAUUGUCAACGUUCACCAUAUCUUCUAUUGUGUCCAGAAUGAACUGUUGGGUUUAACCCUAAUCAGAGGCUAUGUGGAAAAGGAGUUGUCUAACCUAGCCAAAAAGAAGCAGAUAUUUGUCCCUAUCCUCAUUCGAGCUUUGGAUGGUUCUGGUUUACAUUGGUACUUGCUCGUGGUGGACAUUGAGAAUGGAAUAAGGUAUAUACUGGAUUCCCUUCCAUCACGGGGCACUAGAAGUGCGACGGAAACUGUGCUAUCGGCGUUGGAAAAAUAUUUUGCGAAGGGGGGACAUAUUGAUUUUUCUUCAUUCAGCACUAAAACACCAAACCUUAAGAGCCAAACGAAUGGAUCCGAUUGUGGAUUCUAUAUGCUGCUGUAUAUGGAACGAUUUGGUAGAAUGAAAAUAGAUGACAUCAAUGAGAAUGAUGUAUUAAUGUAUCGCAAAAAACUUGUGAAGGACAUAUAUGAGAAUCCUAACAACAAUCCUAAGGAUGUAAGUGACGAGGUCAUAGCUCAAGAUGAAUAUCACAUUUUGGACGACACCAUAUGUUUGUCACCACCCCCUUCAGAUUUGCGAAAUUCCCCUCCACGCCCAAAUCUGACAGUAUCCCCCAUGAGUCAUGAAGAUGGGCGUAAUGAUGGCCCUCUGCCACCAUCCUCACCAGGGACAAGCGAUGGUAACAAGAAUCUGGAAGAUGCCCAACCCCAAGAGGAGGCUGACAGAUCCAGUGUGGGAAUAGCAGAAAAUGCUGAGGCAGGCAACCAGGCGAAUCAUGCGAGGACAAGCGAUGGUAACCAGAAGCUGGACGAUGCCCAAGCUCAAGGGAAGGCCAACAGAUCCAGUGAGGGAAGUUCCCUGGAUACAAGAACAGACAAUGAACGCUCAAGGACAAGCGAUGAUGAGGCUGGAGGCAACGAGGUGGAUGAAGGUGAAAAAGGGGUGCCAUCAUCCCCACCACGCAGAGAACAAAAUCCAUCCCAUGCCCUCGAUAAAGACAUAGUUUAUUAUUCUAGAAAGAAGAAAGAGAAGAAAAGGAAAGAGAAGAGCAGGUCAAGCUUGGAUAAUGACUUAAUUCAACUGGGCAAGAGGUGCCGAAUUGCAACUACCAGGACUGCUAUAAAGACUACUAGACGCGAGUGGCCUGAUGAUGCGAUAGUUAAAGAGGUUUAUGAGCUUGCCACUGAUUGUAAGGAACAAGUAAUAUUGAAUUUCGGAGCUAUCGCAAUGACUGGUUCUGAAAUAGAACAGUCGUUCCAGAAAGUUGAGUGUGCCGGGGAUAUUAUCUCAUUAUUUAUUAAAUACCUGGAGAACAAUACGUAUCCUGAUGACAGCAGGAUCUUUGUCCCACCACUAUACAAGGGCAAAGGAGGUAUGAAGAAAAAGAUUAAAGAUGCACUCGGUGGAUCCAACGAAAAGAAAUCAGCAGUGGAGUUUCCUCAUCGAUUUAUAUACUGCCCUGUCUUAUUCUCUGGUGAAUGGAUUGUGGUCUGUUUCCAACUGAAGAAUAUGAAACAGAUCGGUAUUCUUUGCAACAACGGUGGCGACGAAAUUAAAAAUUUCGCUUUGGAUUUGGGAAAGAAAUUAAACAAAGUCUUAGGAGACUGCAACUACAAAACAGUGUCAUUUGAUGAAAAAUCUCUGUCAUUUUUUCCGUCUUGUGUACAGCCCAAUGACAGUGUGUUCGCAGCCAUGUAUUUUCUUGAACAUUUCAUAGGUGUGGCAGGAGUGCUCAACAAGCUGACUUGGGAUGAAAAGAUGCGGGAUCAAUACAUUAAAUCUUACAGUCGAGGGAUUUUGACAUGCCUUAUCCAGCACAAGGAAAACACUGCAGAUGUGCCUGAUGGAAUUUUAGCAUUGUUCGAAUAGCUAUCUAGAUGAAUUUCUAUCUUAGCACUUAGUAUUUUGCUAUGUGAACUGUGGUCUUUUUUGCCAACAAUGUGUACAGCUAUUUAACUGUUGGUAUUUGUGGUAAAUACUACCGUGAACC